UUGAGGAACCAGUUGGGCACUUUGUAUUGCAGAGGGUUAGAGAUGAUGGUCACAACCUUGUCAACCUACAUGUAAACAAUGAUUAAUUGCCCUAGUCAUGCAAUCCAUUAAAAACGUGUCAACUCUAAACACUGAACUGCCGUUACUUAAUUUUUUUAUUUAAAGAUGAGUGCAAAAGAUUCAAGCGAAGUUUUUAAUUGCGUAAGCUAUAAUGAUGUGAUUUCAUUGCGCAACAUUUGCAUGCUGGCGCGGAAGCAUCAAUACAACCUAGAGGAGCUGGACAAAUUUGGAAAUACUCCACUUCUGAAAGCUUGCUACUUGGGAAGAUUGGAGUGCGUUUGCAUCUUGUUAGAAUUUGGCGCUGAUAUCUAUACAAUUAACUAUUUUGGUCAAAAUGCCUUAACUCUUGCCACCUAUGGCGGGUAUUUUCCGAUUGUGUUGGAACUCUUACAACGUCGCUCUUACCAAGAUUUCAACCUGUCGUCUCUUAUACCAGCGAUUUGCGUAGCGACGAUGAGACAGCAUUACGCUCUCGAAGAUUACUUUAUGAGACUAGAUCAAAAUAGUACUCAAGAAAUACACACAGUUCAUGGUCUUAGUGUCUACGAUUUGCGUCAAAUGGUAAAGAGUAAAAUAAAAAAUAAGCACGCUCGCGCUUUAAAGCCCACUCUAUUCUUUAAUCAUUAGCCACUUAAGUGAAAUAUAAAUAACAUGAAG